AUGGGAGAAGAUCAUACCGUACAGUGGCCGAACAGUGCCAGAGGGGUGAUCAACCAGGGGCCGAGAGGCCCGGAAAUCACCAAACCGUUCAAGGAGACGAAGAAGGGGGGGGGGGCGGGGCAGGGGGCACGGGCGACAGAGCCGAACAGCACGAGGGCGCGGGUAGCAGCAGGGCGCACGAGGGCGCGGGCAGCAGGAGAGCGCACGAGGGCGCAGACAGACCAGAGCGCACAAGGGUGCGGACAGCAGCAGAGCGGCAACGGGCAGCACAGGCACGGGCAGCAACGGGCGGCAACGGGCAGCACAGGCACGGGCAGCAACGGGCAGCAACAGGCAGCACAGGCUCGGGCACCAACGAGCGGCAACACGCAGCACAGGCACGGGCAGCAACGGGCGGCAACGGGCAGCACAGGCACGGGUAGCAACAGGCAGCAACAGGCAGCACAGGCUCGGGCAGCAACGAGCGGCAACAGGCAGCACAGGCACGCGCAGCAACAGGCGUCAACGGGCAGCAUAGGCACGGGCAGCAACAGGCAGCAACGGGCAGCACAGGCACGGGCAGCAACGGGCGACAACAGGCAGCACAGGCACGGGCAGCAACAGGCAGCACAGGCACGGGCAGCAACGGGCGGCAACAGGCAGCACAGGCACGGGCAGCAACGGGCGGCAUCGGGCAGCACAGGCACGGGCAGCAACGGGCGGCAACGGGCAGCACAGGCACGGGCAGCAACGGGCGGCAACGGGCAGCACAAGCACGGGCAGCAACGGGCGGCAACGGGCAGCACAGGCACAGGAAGCAGCGGGCGGCAACAGGCAGCACAGGCACGGGCAGCAUCAGGCAGCAAUGGGCAGCACAGGCACGGGCAGCAACGGGCAGCACAGGCACGGGCAGCAACAGGCAGCAACAGGCAGCACAGGUAG